AUGAAAAAAUCUCAUUAUAUUCAAAAAAAUUUGAUUUUUUACCAUUUAUUGUCAUUGUAUAACCCUUCAAGAGCUAUUUUUAUUAUUACAACUGGAUUAGAGCAAGGUUUCCAGAAUCCCAUGUUGUUGCUUGCCAUAAUCCAAGAAAGUAUUACGCCUCAUGGAGUUCAUGGAAUGCAUUACAAAGGAUUAUACCUGACGCGACUUUUACUACUAUUAGCAUUACAAAUGAUUAUGGCUGGCGCGACUUGUACUACUAUUAGUGUGACCAACUCCUCAAACCCAGAAUAAUUGCAAAUUCGUGCUACCGCUGGGCAUGAUGAGAUAACCUAAGAUGGUCUUGAAAUAUAUAUUCAAGUAAGUAUCUUGUCAAUCUCUAAUAAAAGUAAAAACAUGAGAAAUGAUCUUCAAUUUUCUUACAGAUGGACUUCUAGCAGUUUUCCCUACUCAAGCAAGGAAAUGAGAAAGCUAGUUGUAAGAACUCGUGAGGGGGCAUGUUUUACUAAGGAUCUCGGACAUGAAAAACACUACAACACACAUUCAAAUAGGUGAGAGCCAGAAAGAAAUGAUGGAAAACACAAUCUGAAUGAGGUAAUUUUACUUUCAUCACGUUUGUUUCUUUUUUGAAUGUUAUUUAAAUGAUGAAUUUUUUACCGCCCCAGUCUGAUAUUGCAUGACUGAUUGGUUUUUCUGAAAAAAUAACUUCAUUUAAAAGCGUGUAUUAUUAGAAGAUAUGGAUUAGAAACGACCUUCACAUCACAUCUUUGUUUAAUGUGUGAAAAGUAUUUUAUAUCAAAUUUAGUGUGUUAUCACGAGUGGUUUUACUGUAGCCGCUAGAGGGCGCUCUCUACUGUACCUGUAGUGUAUUAAAAUGACCGAAAAAAUUCUCCUUAGUGCAAUUUUUUGCUUUUUGAAUAAAAAAACUGAUUCUUCACACUUUUCAACAUAAAAAGCUC